UCACUCUGCAGUUCUGUUAUGGUUUUGUUCGGAACAGCCGGGUAUACUUAAUAUUAUAUAAUUAUAACUUAACAAUAACUUCAGGACUCAAAGUAAUAUUCUUAACUGAAAUGUUGACCCUUAUAUCAACGAUGCGUGCCCUCGCCGUGCGGCAACAAUCAGGAGAGGCAUUGCGGUGCCUGCACUUGACCGCAGUCACGGAAGCCGCACGCAAAGGCACCCGUGAAAAGGCACGUAAAAAAAAGGUUAAAGUGGAGGUAAAGAAAGUUGGAUUCAUUCCCCACAAUCAGCGUGACAAGAAAAUUAACGUUAAACGCGCUGAUAAACACGUGGACGACUCCUGGAAACAGGUGCCCAAAGAUGACGUCUACGUGGGACGCUAUUAUCGCUGGCCGGUUUAUACGGUAGCAGAGGCCAUACAAUGCCAUCGGGAAACACAUCACCCAACCAUGUAUAAUGUGCCAAAUGCUUCGUUGAACGUGGAAAUUGAGCUGAAUAUGCAAGGUGAAAAGGCAACACGAUUUGUUGAUAAUUUUCAGCGCAUGGCUAUGAUACCACAUAAAUUUGAUCACGGCGAGGAACGUAAGAUUAUAGUAUUCACAAAGGGCAAUGAAGAAAUUGUUGAAGCUCGCGAAGCAGGCGCUACUCUUGUGGGUGGCGUGGAGCUCAUUAAGGAUAUAACAGCUGGAGAGCUGCUGCUGUCUGAUUAUCAGUUCAUUAUUGCGCACCCCAACAUUCUGCCCGAGCUCGUUGCACUACGAGGCUUGAUGAAGCGCAAGUUUCCCAACCCAAAGAGCGAGACUCUUGGCGUAAACCUUGCAGAAAUGGUUGUCAAAUUCUCGAAUGGCAUCAGCUACAGCGCAACUAAAGAUGAAUAUCAGCAAAACUUUGGUUUAAUUAAAGCCAAUGUGGGCACUCUGGAUAUGGAUGCUCAGCAUCUCGAGGAGAAUAUACGUUUUCUGUUGCAAGAUGUAAAUAGUAUGCGACCCAAGCGGGAUGGACGCUUCAUAACGCGCGUAUUACUUAAGAGCGCACCAAGCAGUGAACAACUGAAGAUAGAUCCAUUUGUAUAUAUACCCGAGUUUUACGAUAAAACCGCAGCCAAAGUUAGCAGGGAAGCAAAGAAGGAAGCAGAACCAGAACCACAAUCAAAGGAAGCGGCAGCUGCAUCAAAUUAGCUCAUAAUUUAUUAUUGUGUACUCACAUAAUUGGUUGCUUUAUUGCUAAAUAAUCCAGUUGCGCAUUAAAAGUCGGAAAACAUAGUUUACAAAUA